UGAUGAUCAUCAAGAAAUUUACUAACCCAUGUCACAUGUUUGUUGUGCACCAACAGUAGAUCAAGUGAAACUCAUAUUUGGGUUAUCUGAAGACAACAUGGUGUAAGGUCAAGGACAUGGAUAAGUAUGCAAAGUCAUUUUCCAAGUCAAUUGAAACAGAAUCGUCGAAAGUAAAUAAUGUGGAGGUGAUUGAAAUGGUUAAAGAUGGGUCUGUACAAGAUGGGGCAUCAGUGAGGAACAGUGCUGAGAAAUGUCUACAGGAUGAAGUAACUGAGACCAGAAUCCAAUUAAAAAAAAGGAGAAGGAAAAGAAAAGCCAUGUUUCACGAGUCUCCAGGGCGAAGUGUCAACUCACCAAGGUCAAGGGUUGAGUCACCAGAAUCUGCAGAAGAGAAUGCUCGGUUCCCUUCAGAUGGUGCUAGCAAUUUUGAUGAAGUAUGCAACACAUUGGCAGAUUGCAGGACAGCAGAUACAGCUGCUGAAUUUCAGUUCGAAAGGUUGAUUGAUGUCAAGGAAGGACGCCUUUUGAUCCUAGAGAGUGAACAGGAGGUGUGUGUCACUGGCCUGUGUAAGAUGUCCGUUCUGUGUGGCUCGGCUGGCGUGUUUGGUUAUCACUGUGAUCCCAGCAAGCAACCAGUCAGACUUUUUUCUGCUGUAAGCAACAGUCUAUUAAAGAUAAAAUGUCUGAGCGUGGAAUCAAAUCCGAGCUCUGUGCGCUCUAUUUACUCCAAGUAUAAACUUGCACAGGACAUUUUAGAUGAGCUACCAUCAAGAGGUGUGGCUGUUGUGAAACUCGAUAGACUUCAUGCUCCCCAUAUAGAUUACCUUACCUCUCUCAACACCUUCAAACAACUGUUUUGUGGGAUUAAGGACGGGCCUCAAGGAAUGUUCUCCAUAGAAAGCAAACAGAGUAAACGGCUACCACAGCUAGAACUUAGUAAAGACUACUACUACGUUCUCGACAAAUGGAAGGAGCAAUUAUCCAUAGAUCCUGCUUCUAUAGUAAUUACAUGUGGUGGAAAAGAUCAGGGAAAGUCUACCCUCACUCAGUUUUUACUCAACUCAACAUUGAAUGUCUUGGAGAAAGUAUGUUAUUUAGACUGUGAUCCUGGACAGACAGAGUUCACUCCCCCUGGCAGCGUGUCUCUACAUACCAUUACUACUCCUGCUUUAGGGCCGCCAUUCACUCAGCAAAGAGAACCAACAGUGUGGUGUUUUAACGGUAAUGUGACCCCCAGUGGAGACCCACACUUAUACCUCAGAUGUAUAAGUCAUUGUUUCCGUGCCUAUAUGCAGAUGAAGCCACGUCCUCCACUAGUGGUCAACACAAUGGGCUAUAUAACAGGCCUUGGUCUGCGGUUACUGAUUGACACUCUGAAGAUUGUUCAGCCUGAUCUAGUAAUACAGAUAGAUUCUAAACAUAUGGACGGAAACCUUCCAGCCUUGACUGCCCCAUAUGUGUCGGAAUCAGAGGGUUGGUCCAACCACUGUAGGAUCAAGCAACAGGAGAAUAUUCCUCAGAAGGAUCACAGUUUGGUCAUCCUAGAUUCUGUUGUAAAAGCACACUCCAGUGGUCAAAGCAGAUCUCGGCAACACAGGGAAAUGGCACUGUUGUGUUACCUUGCAGCGGGGUUACCAGAGGGAAUUCUGGGAGCUAAACCCUGCAUGGUCUCCUGGUCCUCUAUAGCCAUCCAUGUUUGUCAUGAAACAGUUCCAUCCUCUCAGAUCCUGGAGGCCAUCAAUGCAUGUGUUGUUGCUCUCUGUUGUCUAGACGACGAAUAUCCGCGUUACAAAGAUGGAGAAGAAUCUCCCUGGUUACUGAAGGAGACACCCGUCUGUGACUGCGUGGGAUAUGGGUUUGUCCGAGGGGUAGACAGAGACAAGAAGUGUGUGUGUAUAGUGAGUCCGGUCCCACUAUCCAAACUCAAAUCUGUCAAUUUGCUGAUGAGAGGAAAUGUAAACCUGUCAGAAGACCUCUUUCUCAAGGUUUUCCAAGGAGUUGUGCCGUAUGUGGACAAUACUGCAACUGCCACAGGAGGAAGUGCUCUGAGACAACGGAAAAGAUUGCCCCGUAUAAACAGAGGAAGGCUCAGCUGACAAACAGGCGUGAUGCAUUAACUAGAACCAUUGGUGGCACAGUCUCGAUAUGUGGAAUAGGGUCAAAUGUAUACAGCAGUCAUGACACAGGGAAAGGAUAUAUGGAGUAGGGCCCAAUGUAUCAGCAGUCAUGACACAGGAACAGGAUAUGUGGAGUAAGGUCAAAUGUAUACAGCAGUCAUGACACAGGGAAAGGAUAUAUGGAGUAGGGUCAAAUGUAUACAGCAGUCAUGACACAGGGACAGGAUAUGUGGAGUAAGGUCAAAUGUAUACAGCAGUCAUGACACAGGGACAGGAUAUGUGGAGUAGGGUCAAAUGUAUACAGCAGUCAUGACACAGGGACAGGAUAUGUGGAGUAGGGUCAAAUGUAUACAGCAGUCAUGACACAGGGACUGGAUAUGUGGAGUAGGGCCAAAAUGUAUACAGCAGUCAUGACACAGGGACAGGAUAUGUGGAGUAGGGCCAAAAUGUAUACAGCAGUCAUGACACAGGGACAGGAUAUGUGGAGUAGGGUCAAAUGUAUACAGCAGUCAUGACACAGGGACAGGAUAUGUGGAGUAGGGUCAAAUGUAUACAGCACUGCUGACACAGAGAAUGGAUAUAUACAGCAGUACUGACACAGACUUGAUGUAUACAGCACUGCUGACACAGGGACAGGAUAUGUGGAGUAGGGUCAGUUCUGACACUGGGACAUAAUAUACCGCAUAUAUAUAUAUAAAUUCAUUUGUCUAUACAUUAGUAUUGAAAGAUAACAGGGAACAGACCGUCUGUUAGUCUAGUCAUACUUUUCAUGGUCAGUGGAGGUUGACAAAUAUUGUUUUUACAGCUACAUGUAACAUGGAGUGUACAAAAUCGACAUUGUACAAAAUCGACAUACAAUGUAAAAUAAAUUUUCAUAUUUCUACUACUUAUUCAA